AUGGCGCCUCACCUACAAGCAAGGCAGGAAAGGGCCGAUGCCGUCACCGGCAUGCAUGCCGUCGAGCCUCUCGCUGGUAUAGUUUUCAGUGUCAUCAUCUGCCUCGCUUCUAUCACUGUUAUCUCGGCAUUUCUCACCCAAAGAUUCCUCGCAAUAAAAGUCUGGAAGAGGCUUCCUUUUGUCGUCUGGCUCGUUUUUCUCAUCUAUAUCGACUCGUACCUCUUUGUUUUCGUCACAGGCCUUCUGCAAUUUGCGUUAGGCGUGAACACGAGCUUCUCCAUAUGCGAUGGGGCUAUUCUGCUAUGUCUGGUUUGCUAUGUUACCACGAAACACGUCGUCCGCGGCACCAAGAAGUCACGCUUCAAGUCCAAGAUGUAUCUAUUCAACUCGUUUGGUAUGCUUGGAGUAUACGUCGUCAUUGCUAUCCUGAACUUUAUUUUCCGCAUCACGCGCCUCGAGAAUGGCCUCUGCGUCAUUGGCAUGCAGAAGGUCUCCAUGAUUCCCCUCAUCUCCUUUGACGCUGUGGUGAACAUUUACCUCACUAUUCUUUUCCUCAUCCCUCUGAAGAAUCUCUAUAGCUUCAAGAACUUCGCCCGAACCCCCGCCAAUGUACGCCUGCGCACUCUCGCUAUGCGCACGUUCGUUGGUGCGCUCUGCACAACCGUCAGUAGCAUUGUCAAUCUCACAGUACUCAUGGCUCUUAACGGCGAACCCGGAUGGGUUUGUCUUAUGUGCUGCAAUCUCGACAUCCUCUUCUCUGCUAUUGUCGUACAGUGGGUUACAUCCAAGGAUAAUGCAGCUUCUUUCUCCUCAACCUCGGACCUUUAUGGGAACAAUGGCCCAAGCAACAACCCAGACGGCUCAUCAGACCCGGUCCACCGCACGUCUCCAGGCCUUGAGCUCGAAUCGAAUCUCCAUAGGCAUUCCAGCCUCAAUAAGGGUUCCUUUGGCGCCGACUACAAAUCUCAUCACCAUCUUGAUCUCUCCACACGCCGUCCCUCGUCACAGGACAUUGUGCUUGGCGACCCCGGUGCCAUGGCCAUCGACAGUCCUUACGGCCCCGGCGAUGCUGCGUCUAGUGUCGAAGAGGAAUACAAAGGCCGGUCCAGCUCCGGAUACCCUCCUGAAAUUACGCGAACAACCUCCGGACAGCAGCAGCAGCAGCAACAACAUCACGGACAAAAUGGCGUUGUAUUAGUGACGACAACGAUCAGCCGUGAGUCAAGGCCUGGCCCGGCCGUUUUCCAGCCAGUGGAGGCCCAGGAGGCAGAGUCUACGAGGGGACCUGGAUGGGGAGCGAGGAAGAACUCGGCUUCUGCCGGAGUAUUUGAACAGGGCUUGAUGUAUGGCAAGACGGAAAUUCGUGGUGGCAAGCCAUGA